ACACCACUCGCGUCCUAACCCUCGCCGCGGACGGACGGCAUGGCGGCCGCGCGCUGAACGCCAUUACCGAUACGUGUCUGUGCUGUGAAACAUAACACGCUCGAGCCCGCUCCCGCCCCGAGCCGCGAACGUCAACAACAACAUGAUCCGAUCGCGAGGCGACACGAUGUCGCGGACUCUCGCGCGCCUGCUGCUAGCGCUCUCCAUCGUAGCGCAGUGCCGAGCUGGUCCCCUGGGCCCGCUGCCGAACGUGACCAGCGCCGAUGUCGGCUUGAAAGAAGGAAGCUGCGCCCUAGGCGAUGUAGUGUAUAUGCCGGGUGACGAGUUCCCUGGGUCAGGCCCAUGUGAGAAGUGCACGUGCAGCGGCGGCGGCGUGCAGUGCACGCGCCAGACGUGCGAGCCGCGCCCCGGCUGCAAGGCGCUGCACAGGCCCGACCACUGCUGCCCCACCUACCAGUGUGAGUGUGAGCAGGAAGGUCGGGUGUACGGCAACGGAGAGAAGCUGGUGGAUCCAGCGGACCCGUGCCGCGUGUGCUACUGCCAGGGAGGCGAGGUGGUGUGCCGGCGCAUCGCGUGCUUCGUGCGCGACGACUGCACACCGCGCCUCGUGCCCGGCCGCUGCUGCCCAGAGUACGAUAACUGCCCACUUAGAGGUGUAACAAGCUUGCCCGGCGUAUCAUCAUCAAUUCCAAGCGUCCCCACGGCUGAAAGCAUCGAAUCUCGUCCGGCGCCACCAAAAGAAAAUAUUAAGCAAGAGAUUACUAUCAAGGAAAUAACACCCGUGUCCGAGAUCCCCGUCAUCACUGAUGUAAAGAUUAAGGAGAUUCUCCCUUCACCAAGUAUUGAAGUAGCAGAAUACUCGUCGUCAAAGUCUCCUCUUAUUCCACGGGAAGCUACCUCCGAGAAGAUUGACAAAGAUGAGUCAAAAACUGAAUCCCCCAGUGUCAUAGAAGUACACUCUUCUUUACCAGUCAUUGUAUCGUCUCUGGACACAACACAAUAUACCGACGCUGAAAAUAAAAAUGUGGAUGCUCCACCGUCUAAAAUUAGCUUUUCCACACAAGACUCUAUUUAUAGUGCCAUCUACCCGUCUAACAUCCCAAUCGUAGCGACUAUGGGAAUACCACCCGCGACUCCAGAUCCAUUCCCGGUAGUAACGACUAAAGCUCCCAUCAUCGAGGAAGAAGAUACAUUUGAUCAUAAUCCAGCUUUUCCACCUUUACCUGAUGAUUUAGCUGUACUACGGAACCACGAAGAUGAGAUAGUCCCGGAGCAAGUUGUUGACAAUGACCAUGUAUCUAGUCAUGAUAUUGUAGUAGCUAGCAUAUCACCAGUUACUGAAGCUGAAGUUAAAGAACCUUUGACCACCACGUCUAAAGACCUUCCGGAUACAACUACUGUAACGACAACUGAAAAAUCUAAACCAGAAACAGAGACUACAACUGUCAGUACUGAAGCCCCAAGCUUUAAGGAAAAUCCUAUGGUAAACUUGAGAUCUGCAAUACCCACAGAACUGUUUAAUUCUCCUUCUCUUGUUCCUGAAGAGGUAACUGGAGAAUUGGAUGAAACAACAAUAGCUGACUACUCAACAAAACAGGCAUCGAGUUCUACAACCGAUGCUACAGGAAAAUCAGAAGAGUUGAUAAUUGGAAAGGCUGCUAUAUCAACAGAGGACGCAAUAACAUCAGGCGAAAUUACAACAUCUAUUCCUGAACUUGAGAUCACAGCCAGUAAACAAAACAUGGAAAUUGAAUUAGAACCGAGCUCUAAAGAUCAGGAACAGACAACUAGCUCUAUAGCAAAAUCAAAUGUUGCCACUGAAAUUACCUCUCAAACGGAGCUCAGCUCCCUGCCAAUUGAAACUAGUGACCAGAAUCCUCCGGAAGUCCCUGAGAAUACUACUCAUGACAAGGAUCUUUCAGCGACAACAGAUUCAUUGGAAAUAAGUUCUAAAGUACCUGUGACAAGUUCUGAAGUUAUAGCCGUGUCUAGGGCAGCUUCUAAUGAAAAUACUGGAUACGAAAACGUAGAAACUACGGAAUUUAUUGUGACCUCUUUUGCUUCGUCGGAAACGUCGACAGACAAUGUUGAAUUAAUUAAAAUCUCUGCUGAUCCCGAAAAGCCAUCUGCGGCUAUAAUUGAAUCGGCUGAUGGAAAAACCACUAAUGACAUGCCAGAUCCUAUCACCGACGUAAAAAUUAAAGAGAUUCUUCCUUCAACCAGCAUUGCUGUCGAAGAAUACACUUCAACUAAGUCUCCUCUUACAGCACGAGAAGCUACUACCGAAUAUGUGGAAGCCACAGAAAAUACUGCUAAGUCUUUUGGUUCCUCGGAAACUUCAACAGACAGUGUUGAGUUUAUUAAAAUUUCUGCCGACACAGAAAAACCAUCCGCGGCUAUAAUUGAACGGGCUGGUGGAAAAAACACAAAUGACUUCAAUGAGCUUAUUCAGAUAGUGCGAGAUGUGGCCUCCAUCAGCGACCAGACGGAUCAGGAGGAUACCAGCCAGCAAGUAACUACACCUGCUAGCUUAUCUAAUUCGGAGGAACUGAUUCCCGUGAAUUCUGGUUAUAAGAGUAAAAAUAAGAACUUUAAUCAGAACUCAAUUACCGAGAUACCACUGAAAAGUAAGAUUUCGAGUAAGCCAAAAGUAGAGAUUGAAGAUGAUGAAUCAGAGAGCGUUACCGACUCGCCACCGCCGUUUGAUAAGGUGGAGCCGACUACGAGGAGACCCAUUAUUGACAACGUGUCGGAUGACGUCAAUAUUGCGGGGAAUAAAACAGACAAAAAAGACAUUGAAAUAAUUACGCAGUCAUAUGUGCCGACCAUCAAUCACAAGCGACCUACCAAAGUAAUUAGGAAGAGCAAUGAGAAGUCUACGUCAGACGAGUCACUGAGUCUGUCAGCCUCUGUAGAGACUGCAACUGACACGAGUGCGUCGAAUGAGACUCUCAGCAUGUCGAACGAAAAUGAGCGACUGGGCGAUCCUGUGGUUGGAACAAGUGUUAAUGAAUCUGUCACCACCGCAGCUGAUCCAUUCACGACAAGCGAUAUAGUAACUACCGCUGCACCCACGAGCGGCCCCAGUACUGUGGUCACGGCGGCCCCUGCGGGAGACUUCUCUACCCUCACCACCACUCUCGCGCCAGCAGUAGAGUUCAAAGCGACCACCACGCCAGCUCCUGCGAGCACUCUUAGCCCGUCACCUACUUCAGCGCCCGCGAGCGCGCAGUGAGCAGCCAUCCGGCGCCACCUCGAUGGAACCUCAGCUAAUAAGCAUUUUAUAGAAAGUAAGUUUCGUUCUUGAAACUGUAAGUUAACGUAGAGACUAUUAGGUUUAUAGGUAUAUGUGACCUUUUCGGAAUCGAUCAUAUUCCUUGUCAAUUGAUGGCCGGGGACGGAGUCCCGCCGCCGGUCGUUUGUAUUUCGUAAUGUAAGUAGAAGGCCAGGGCUGGCCGGCCAACCUUAUGUGUAUUAGCUGGACAAAUUAUUUAUAAUACAUUAGCGUUAGGAAGCGAGCGUGCGCCGCCAGCGAGGUGUCACAGUAGGGGCGAGGCGAUUCGAGCCUCGCGUUAUCGGUAAGUUAUUUAUUUGUUUAGUGAGAGAUCGUGAGUAGAGUGAUCGAUAAGUAAGCAACCAAGCUAGUCAACAUGUGACAGUGCAGGCGCGCCGCGGCCGCGAGCCGCCCGCAUCUCGACGCCACGUUGCCAUUACUGCUAGCUGUAUUUAACGAGAACAUGACAAACGCAGACAGUAACGUAAGCAUUCCGUGAAUAGAUUUAGUUCCUUUAACUUUUUUAAGAACAAACUGUAGUCGCGCGAGAGCGUCGACGCGAACCAUACUUAUAUCAUAACAAAAUUUGGUACAAAACGAAUUUGAUAUUUAGAAUAUUGUCAACCUUAUGAAUGAUAAAGUUUAGGAAUAGACGAAUUAGAAGUAAAUGUGAUCGCACGUACACUUUAUUUAUUGCACUUAGUGGCGGUGUGUUCGUGGGGGAUUCUACCGGAAGGCUCAAGCGUAGUGUAAGGUAUAUUUAUUGUAUUCUACGUACGGUAGGUUCGACGAAGCAAGUGACGUUUACUUUCCUUGGUUUCGUUCGGUUCAAUUGUCUGCUAUGGUCAGUUCAUUAGUUGUGACUCCUGUGAGUGCCGGCACACACGAGCCCCGCGCGCGAGGCCGCUCACUGCGGCGGGUCCGUGUGCGCCGGCACUGUAGUGCGGCUUCUUGCUCCGGAAGACUGUCACUUUUCCCGGGCAAUAAGCGCACGUGCUCACUGUAUUAUUUAAUUAAUAAAUAUUGUUUUUUUUACAAAUAAAAGAAACCUAGACUGA